AUGGCUCCUCGCAAGGCCGCCGCCGCCGACGCGCCCGCAUCUUCGCCGCCGCCGAGCGAGCAAGACAGCCACGACAUCAUGGGCCAGCUCGCCGAGGUGCAGCUAGGCCGCACACGCAAGCGCCGCUACGAGACCAUCACAAAGGCACGCGUGGCCGCGACCGAGUACGAGCAGCAGGUGGCCAAGUGCGUCAAGAAGUACGAGAAGGUCCUCGGCGAGGAGUACGUGCGCUUUCGCGAGCGCGAGGACGAGCUCGACGCGCAGAUCAGCGACAACUGGCGCGAGCUGGAACAGCAGCUCGAGCUCGCCCGCGAGUGCGUCCAGGCGGGCUUCGGACGUCUGCUGCCUGCGGUCGAGGAGCACGCGCAGCGCGGCACGGCGGCCAUGGCGCGCUUCGAGGAGCUGACACGCGAGGAGGCACGCAUCCACGAGCAGGCAGAAGGCAUGUCCGAGGGCAGCCGCAAGGGAGACGCGCGCAAGUGA